AACAUGAAUAACUACGUCAAGUGUUGUCUGCGCAAUUUUCAAUACACACAUAAGAUCAUCCAUGGUCGCCUCACUGCGUUGCAAAGUGAGAUGUUGAAGAAACAACACCGCUGAGCAACAGAUUCCUCCAUCAAGUUGACAGUGAGUGGCGGUGCUAUACGCGGGCCGGACGGGAUGGCACAGGCCUCGAGGGACAAUACAUGCCCAGCCUCUGAUGUCUGUGAUUUCGCAUCACCGACAGUCAUGCACCAUCGGGAAGGCGGUGCCGCCUUGCCAGCCAUAAUACACCAUCAGGAAGAUCUCAACAAUGAAAAGAAGGCUCUGUGUGGGUCGUAUCAUAAGAGCUAUGAUAGCAUCAAAGACGCGGAGAGCGACGGCAAGCUUUCACAGCAAGUCACGACCUACCGCUCAAGAUUUUGGAUACUUAUCGUUUUCUCUCUCAUGAACUUCAUUCUUAACAUAGAGUGGAUCAUGUUUGGUCCCAUCAGCGAGAGUAUGCAGGCUGCCUUCUCUGGCUGGGACGCGACCACCGUGACUCUAACGAUCAACUUCGCGUUGAUCGCAUAUAUCGUGACCUUCAUCCCUGUAUGCUGGGCUGUGCAGCGUUACGGGCUGCGGGCGUGCUUGUUGACCACCUUUGGCCUGGCGACUGCCGGCACUGCUCUCCGCUGCAUCACCAGCACCACGCCAGCCUUCACCAUCCUGUCUUACCUGUGUGGGAUAGCAAUAGGCGUAGCCAGCCCUGUGAUGCUCGCCGGCCCGCCUAUGAUAGCCAAUGAGUGGUUUCCUGUGCAGGAGCGAACCACCGCAACGGCCAUCAUGGUGGGGAGUCACCAGCUAGGGGGAAUCGCCAGCUACUUGGAGCCUUUAAUUGUACGACAGCCUGAUCCCAGUGUCACGAACGCAGCAAUCCAGCAUGACGUGAUGCGCCUCACCUAUAUCGGUGCUGGCUUGGCGGCGGCGUUGCUAUUGGCGGCGCUUGUGUACUUCCCUUCCAAGCCUCCAAGUUCACCCUCAAUCACCUCCUCACAAGAAAGAUUCACAAUCCUCCCGGCCCUGAAGGUGCUGGUCAAAAACAAGAAGUUUCUGUUGUUAAUGGUGACCUACGGAAUAUUCGCGGGUCCACCAGUCGUAUGGAUCACCGUGAUCGACUUUUCCCUGUUGCCGCUGGGCUUCCACCAGGAAAAGGCCAUGUGGGUGGGGCUAAGUGGUGUGAUGGUCUCCAGCUUGUUGCCUGUGGUGGUGGGCCGCUUGAAUGACCUGCUGCGGGGCCACACCAAGACCUUGCUGCUCACCCUCAUGGUGAUCACCACUGCGUUCUUCUACUGGUUCCUCCUGCUGUCCUACGGCAUCUUGCCCGUCACCGACUGGCAAGUGUACGUGUCGGUGGUGGGCGGUGUGUCGUUCAGUUACUGCACGCUGCCGCUCUUCAUGGAGAUCGCCAUCGACCUGGUGUACCCCUCGCCCGAGUUGCUGGUGACUGCUGUGAUGAUCGCCGCAGACAUCGUGACGGGGAUGGUCUUCCUGCUCCUCUUCAAUAUUCCUGACUCAUUGUACCUAUGGACGACGUACACACUGACGCUGUGCAGCUCGCUCACUGCCGUGCCGCUGGUGGCCGUCUCCUUCCCUUCCACCAGGAUGACCAUUGACACUGAGUAACGCCCUAAUCCCCUUCCUUGUCUGAGAGAGAGAGAGAGAGAGAGAGAGAGAGAGAGAGAGAGAGAGAGAGAGAGAGAGAGAUCUUGCUAUGUAUUUAAUAAAAAGGGCAACCUUGAUAUCACGCACGCAGAUAUGAUUGCCUGUGUUCAAGGUAAUGACUAUACAAGGGAAGACAAGUAACAGCAUAUCUUGAGGUUCUCACCAGGGUGUUUGUAUAGCUAUCCUGCACUAACUACUAGUGGAAGAGGCAGGAUAACGAAGUUAUGAUCAUUUGAUGGCUAUGAUUAUGAUGAUAAUGAUCUGUUAUUAUUACUAUUAUUAAGUGUAUUACUAUUAUUAUCGUUAUCAUUAUUAUUAUUAUUAGUAGUAGUAGUAGUAGUAGUAGUAGUAGUAGAAGUAGUCGUAGUAGUAGUAGCAGUAGUAGUAGUAAUAGUAGUAGUAGUACUAGCAGUAGUAGUAGUAGUAGUAGUAGCAGUAGCAGUAGUAGAAGUAACAGUAGUAGUAGUACUAAUAGUGUUAUUGUUGUUGUCGUUUUUCAAUAACGCAUAUUCUUGGUCAGAUAAUAAUUCUGAAUUAUUUACGCACUCAAAGAUAAGAUAACUCAGCUAUCGACAAAAAAUCUGUCUAUCGAGAUGCCUUGGUACUCCUCUCUUUAAAUAGUUCAGGGCACUGAAAAGUGAAAACCAUAAUCAGACAUAAUUCACUUGACCUAGAAUGCAAAUAGGUCAUGUACUGUUUGAAAUUUUCACACUGGCCACAUGGUGGUUGUACUCGAGGCAACCUCCACUCUUGCUGCGAGGGUCAGUCAUAGAUAUUAGGUAAGAAUGUUUUUUACGUAUCGCCACGUAGAUAAUAUGUUAUCUCUAUGGUGAUGUUUGCAGUUUGUUUUGCUUAAUGUUGUUGUUGUCCCUGUCAAGGUGCUUUUUUUUCCCCAAAUAUGCAACGUGGCAUUCUGUUGUUCUGAAACAACAGAAUGAAUAAAUAAUAAAUCCAUCACACACACACAAAAAAAAAGAACAUAUGGCUCGCCGAAGGUUUGGGUGCAAAAAAAAAAAAAAAAAAAAAAGCUGUUAGUCACAUUGCGAGUGGUUGCUGCUGCCCCAAGCGGAGCAUGAACACAGCUCAUGAGAAGGCUGUGAAACCUUGACAUUGGAACCUGAGCAGGAAGCACAGGCAUGGGUACAGUGAAAUGGCAGCUGUAAAGCGAACACGAUUCAGGGAUUCUGGCGUCCGGGUGUAUUAUCCAGAAUACUUUUAAAAAUCUGGCCUUGUGCUGAUAUUGGGUGAAGGAAAGAAGAGUCAUGGCACAGUAUUGUUGAAGAUAAGGAGAAGAUAACUGUGGAGUACGUUAGCAUGAUAUGUGUAUAAAGUUUUAAAUAUACAUUAUAUCUUGGCUAUUAGUAGAGAUUAAUCAUACCGGCCCCGUAUAAGAAAUAUUUUUAAGCAAUACAAUGAUGAUAAGUUGGAUUCUUAUAGUUUUUUUUUUUCAUUGAUGAUGUAAAACCCUUCUUACACUAUCACUGGAAAACACCAGUAAAAUCAAGAUUAUUUUCACUAAGGCAUGUCAAAAGUGGUCAAGAUAAGGCGCUGAAACUUUUUUUUUUUUUUCGAGUGGAGGGAGGGGGUUCUUAUUUUGUUAACGCGCAUCUCUACAGCCCACUGGUCAGCCUGGCCCCUGGACAGUAUAACGAUGAUCUGGCCAGGAGCACCUAGCCAGAUCUGGUGUCCAUCGCAUAUGAAAAUUGCGAUUUCAGUCUUGGAAACAUCUGGUAUGUAACUUUUGACAGCGCAACUUUUUUAUUUUAUGAGAUUUCUUCGUCAGAUCCACCGUUUUGCCGUAUUUUGCGUAUUUCGACCUAUCGAGCGCGCAAGGUGCGAGGAUUAUAUGCCAUAACUCACUUCAUAUACGGGAUAGCCAGUUUUGGUUGACACCAUCAGACUCAGUAGUGACUGUAGAAUCAAGAUAUAUGGUAAAAAUUUAACAAAACAAAAUAGAAAAUUGUAUUACGACGAGUUGUACUGUGAAGAUGUUAAAAAAUGUUUAUAACAUGUUUUACUUAUGCUCGCUAUUUUCAACAGUUAAUCAUUGAAUGCUGAAGUAUGUUAUUACAUUAAGUAGAAAAAAACUCUCGUGAACACGACAGUAUGAUCAGAAUACAGAUAAAGCUCCACAUAUUGAAAACACGGAGUCAUUUAUAGCAACAUGUCACUCGUCGCAACCAUCACGGCGGCGCGACACUUGGCAUGGCGUGUGCAGGCGGUCUCCAUAUGACUGGGUCUGAGAUGCGUCUAAAAAUUAGAAUCCCCCAGCCGCUGGGGGAAGGUCCUUUAAAUUGCUCCUCAGCUUAGAGCACCUAUUACCUGGUUAAAAACCUUAUUUCCAAACGUUUCAUCAUCUCUGAUGUAACACUUGCCAGCUUCUUUAUAUAAAUUGAUGAACACAUUCCUUUCUGACUCUACUAGUAUGUAUCAGACACGUGUCGCCCGUCCAUGACUUUCACCUUGCCGCGACACAUGAAGAUGGGCGUCAUUACGCAAAAAAUGGUGUCACUGACCCUUUGUAGUACAAGGUAUGUAUACUAUACCCAUUGUCUUUAGAUUUACAUGAUACAGGUAAUCGGUCAUCAUGAGUCGGUGGCAUUGCCCAGCAGAUGAUAACGGUUUUCUUUCCCUUGGAUAUAGAUAGUCAGUAAACUGUAGUGAUCGAAUAAUCAUUUUUCAGAAAUUAUCCGUAUUUUUCCUUCUUGUUUUCUGAUUAGAAUUUGUACUUGAUCUUUUCAUUGAUUUAUAAUAUUGCCAAAUAAUUUCGUUGAUUUGUACGUAUCCACUAAAAUUUAUGUUGUGUUGAGAGGACAUAGAAGAAUAACGUCCCGUCCGUGAACUCUUUAUACAAAUAAUAAACAUGAAUACUAAAUUAU